AUGCACUCCCACCUCGCUACCUCCAUCUCCCUCGCCCUCCUCACCCUCCUCCCUACAGCUCUCUCCCACGGCCACCAGGUCCCCAUUUCCGACGACGCCGACUGGGCAACGCGUCAUAUGGCCGAAGAACAUCACAUUGCGAAUCUCGAUCCCUCCGCUUUCUUUACCUUGCACGACUAUGACUCGUCCGGCCAAUGGAGCCCCGACGAGAUCCGACGAACGUACGGGCUAGAUGACGAGAGCGCUAAGGAUGUGCCCCAGGAAAAGAAAACAAGCGUUGUACAAGAGGUUAUAGGGAUGUUUGAUGAAGACGGGGAUGGGGUCAUUAGUAGGGAGGAGUGGAUGGAUGGGUGGGUGAAGAAUGGGAAGAGGUUGCCGGACUUUGGGACUGGACCCGGACAUCAUGGCGAUGACGAGUAUGAGUACGAAAUCCAUCAUUUCGAGAAGUUUCAUGAUGAGAAUACGAGAGAAGAAGACCUCACGCAUCCUGAAGACAUCGCCCAUUUCCGAAAACAUGAUGAGAUGGAUGCUCAGGCAGAGUACCAGGAGCAAAUGGACCGAAUGCCCAUAGUGGAGCAGAACAUACCCCAGAAGUUUCGGCGAAUGCAUCUCUCUUGGACGUUGCGGCUCUCAACCGUAUCAAUUAUCCUUGCCUCCUUCUGCAUACUCUCCAGUGCAACACCUACGUCUUUCACAAUCACCAAAGAUGGGGCCAACCAUGAAAUCAGUGCCAAAGCUGUGCCCGGCCCACUUCGCAACCUUCCAGCACUCCCCCAAACCCAGUCUAUCAGCAACCGCGGCCUCUCUUACGGCUCAUGGGGCAACGGCUGGACCUCCCGCUCCAACACCUACUCCGCUCUCCUCCCCGUCCUCCCCGCCGCGGCCAAGCUCUCCCUCUUUUACACCAAACUCCACCUGCUCUCUUCCUCCUUCCCACCCACUCUCUCAGCCACCACCCCAGCAAUCCUCGACGGUAUACCGGGCCAAAUGGUGCGGUUUCAAUACGGCGGACUUGAAUUGAGUUUCUUCAGCAGGACUACCCUGAUCCCGUGGAGCUUCGUGGCUACGGUGGCGGCGAGGUUGAGGCAGAGUACGGCGAGCGGGUUUACAGGACUGCAUGGGACGGUGUUUGAGCAUAAGGCGGCUGGGCUGGUGGUGUUUGUGACGUUGGUGGCGGCGGGUGUGCCGGUGCCGGGGGUGUUGCCACGCUAG